CGCAGUAUAGAACAAUGAGUAAUCUUACAGUAUAACCUUGUUACGCGACGUGCGGGAGGCUUGUUUAACGUCGUAUCCACCCUUUGCUCAUCCAGGGUUCCAUGCUCCGCGAUUAAGGCUGAAAGGAGGUUAUUCAGUGAUGAUCACAAACAUCCUAAUCCUGGAACAUAGCCAAUGUAUGCAUAAACACCCCGUCCCAUAACCUAUUCCUGAUAUCCGCACUCGUACCGCCUGUUUCCUUAAUUUCAAGCGGCCCAACCCAGGUCUUUUGUUCCACACGUAGGUCCGGUAGGCUGGCAUAUCCAUUUCCCCACGUCGCAUUGGACCCGCCCUCCUAGACGUCGUCACUGUGGACCUUGCUUGAUCAAUAUAUAUAAAUCCUGUUCAGCGCCCUCCUCUGCCCCUUCUCUCUCCUUACCUUCUCAAGCUCUCCUAACUUGCAACAACUACAAGAUGCGUUUCUCCACCUCCGCUGCCGUCGUCGGCGCCGUCCUCUCGUCGCAGGUCUCUGCUCAGGACCCAAUCACCGCCUUCACCCUCAAGGCGUGGAACCCAUCCUCCACCCUCCAAGGCGAAGACGUCAACGCCGCAGGCUUCGGAUUUUACCUCGGUCUUGAUGGCCCCGCCACAUACUGCCCCGUCAUCCCUAACCUCACUUGCCCUGCCGCAAACGAGACAGUAGUGUACAAGGGAGGAAUGUCCCUGUCCGUCAUUGUCCCAGGUGGCCAGCAGACCUUCGUUGACGUCUCGGGAGCCGUUAGCUACACCCAAGCUCACUCAGCCUCCAUCCCGGCCGGAGCAUACAUCGGUGGCUUCACUACCUACACCACCCUUGAUGGCAACGGAGUCAACCAGACCAUCGUCAGCUGGGAGACUCCCGGACACCCAACUUUUGCUGGCCUUGUUGCCUGCCCCAAGGUCUCCGAAUAUGUUGAUGCCACGGCCACUCAUCGCAUCUACGGACGCACUCCUGGAUUCAACCAGACCGAUUGCGUUGAGUUGAAGGGCCUCAUUGCUGUUGCGCAGCCAAACAACGAUGCUGGUGCUUGGCAGUACACUUAAAUGUCUCUGUUGACUGAUCAGUCAGGUAUCUGAUAUGGAUACUAAGAGGCACGGGGUGGAAACGAGGUUAACGAAUGCACGUAACGGUGGAGUUGGUUUGAUCUGAUAGACUUGGCGAUCGACUUCAUGCUUGAUAUUGCUUAAAAAUGUAAUAUUAGUUUUAACUCAUGCAUGGCCGUUGUCUCGUACUGAAUCUUGCACAUUGAAUUGCGUUAAUAUUGUAUUACAUUUGUGUUUUAUCACCAGACAUGGUGAAUGACUUAGCGACUGAGUGAUUCUGAACCUUACAGUAUUCGCUAACGCGGGG